AGGAAUGGUGAACCUUGAAGAAGAAGCUGGAACAGAGACAAUCCAUGUGAAGUUCAUCCCUACCUCCCGGGAUGACCCAGGAAAAUAUGACAGCCUAUCAAGUCACGUGCAAGCCCCGCAUCCACUGAAAUCUCAUCGCCGGGAAGGGGUAUCUUCAGCAAUGACAACUUCAACUCAGCCCAGUGCCAACACUUCGAACUUCACGCAUUCAAUUGGUACGGGCAGACUGCGCCUAUAUAUACCUUCGGAGCGAAGCUCGAAUACCCCGACCCGUUGCACUGUCGAGUGCCGUCUCAACUUUCGACUUCGAAAUCCCUUGUUGUUCGGACGAUUCGACGGCCAGAUCGCGGUUCCCACCAGGAACAUGCCUGGCAGGCCGACGAAUUAUACACAUACUUCCUUCCGCAUCGGACAGUUUGGUAUCUCGUUACCUUGGGGGAUACGCCUCAGGUCUGACCGAGGAUGGCCGCUGCGAAUUUGAUCAAUGCGACGAGACGAGU